AUAGUGGUUAAUGCUUGGGGCUAAAGGUCUUGCAGUCUUUAAAGUUCUGUUUAUUUGCCAAUAAAAAAAAAAAUUGAAAAUUUGGAAAAUGGUGGCAGCCGUAUUUCCCUGCGCCAAAGGGGGAGGCGCCGGCGCAAUACACUAUGAGGAGGAUCGCGCCAAGGAGAGUGUGGCCGGUGAUUGCGUUUGGGGCGUCGAUAGGGUGUUGGUACGAGCAUAUUAGCCGCACGGCGUGCCUUGUCCUUAGCAAGAACCAUCGUUUAUUGGAGUUUCUUACCAAACUUCUCACUAGAAACAGGAUGAGGACAUACUUGAUAGAGGGAUUUUUCACACACACACACAACGCAGCAUGGCAUACACUACACAACAUCAUCUGUGGAAGUGCUGGGAAAUUGGAGGGAUACUUGGAAGAGGUGAAGAAUAGAGUCAAGUGCAACAUCACCAUUUUUCAUGGCAAGGAUGAUGAGUUGAUCCCGAUAGAGUGUAGCUACGACAUGCAAUCGAGGAUCCCUCAAGCGCAACUUAAAGUCGUCGAAAACAAAGAUCAUCUUACCAUAGUUGUCGGAAGGCAGAAGGCGUUUGCUCGAGAGCUUGAGGAGAUUUGGAAGAACGCAAGUGGCCUCAGUUAGGCCACUUCAAAUUUUAUUAUUUGGAAAAAGAUGAAGAAAAAAAGCACAUCUUUGGACCAUGUGAAUUGAGUAGCUGGAAACGACCAAGGGAAAGAAACAUGUGUAUUUUUAGAUUGAGAAUUAGGGUCAUUGUUAAGUUUUCUGAUCCUUUGUUUCUUCUGUAUGGUGAUGUUUUAUUAGCUUUGUAUCACCGAUUAGUAUUUGAGGAUUUAUUGUGUGGAUGACCAAAACACACACAGAGAGUUCCACUACUAUUCUAAGCUAUUUAUUUGAUUUC